UACAGUGUUCUAUUGAAGAGUCUAACCGAACACCAACAUGCUAUUUUCAUCGAUUUGGGACGAACCUUCCCAAAUCAUCAGUACUACAAAGACUCACUUGGCGUUGGCCAACUGUCACUUUUCAACGUACUCAAAGCAUACAGUAUCUUAGACCCGGAACUUGGAUAUUGUCAAGGCCUAGGCUUUAUUUGUGGCAUACUACUUUUACAUUGUGAAGAGGAGCAAGCGUUUAAUCUACUGAAACAUCUAAUGUUCCGUCGUCAAAUGAGAGCAAACUACCUGCCCGAUAUGAAGCAAUUCCAAUUACAAUUAUAUCAAUUAUCACGUUUAAUUCGAGAUCAACUACCCGAUUUGUACAAAUGGCUUGAUGCAAAUGAUGUUUCUCCGACUUUGUAUGCCGCUCCAUGGAUUCUAACCAUUUUUAGUUCACAAUUUCCGUUGGGUUUUGUAACACGUGUCUUUGAUUUACUGUUCUUGGAAUCAUCGGAGGUCGUAUUUCGUGUGGCAAUGAAAUUGCUGGAAAUACAUCAAUAUGAGCUCAUGAAACGUGAAAAUUUCGAAGACAUUAUGAACUAUAUGAAAACCACUGUGCCCGAUAUUGAUGCCACAACAAUGGAUAAGGUGUUGAAAGAAGUAUUCACUAUGGAUAUCAAAAAGCAACUGAUUGAAUACCAAGUGGAAUAUAAUGUGCUUCAAGAAGAAAUUACCACAUCUCAGCACUACAUGGAAACAUUGAAUCGUGAAAAAGAAAAUUAUUCACAAUUGGAAUCAAAGUUGCAGUUUGCAGAAUCAAGUAUAACCCAGCUAGAGAAGACGCGAACAUCGCAACAAACACAAAUUCAAUCACUUCAAAUACAAGUGCAAAACUUGGAAACAACUGUAGAAACACUGGGCCAAUUCAUGUUGCAGUUGGCCGAAAAGAAUAGUGCUAUUGAAGAGAUGUUGCCGAGUGAUGUUCAACGGAUCUUACAACAAAUUGGCAAUUUAAAUGCACAACGAAAGAAGCCAAUCUUUAUGGAACGUAAAAUUGGUAAAUCAAUGUCAAUAAACUCACAACUCGGUUUCCCAACGAAAAUACUCGAAGAAUUGGAGGGCCAUGACACCGGCAAACCGAAAUCAACAUUCUUUGAAAGCACAUACAAUCAGAUACGUAAGCAAAGUACACGCAAUCGACCAAAUCUGAUUGUAUCUAAAAUUGAAACAGCUGCCGAUGAGAAUAUUCCGCCGCCAACAACCAUCGAUAAGUCACACAAUGAAAUUAGUGAGGGUAGUAUAUUGAAAGACACACUACGUAAUAACGAUGGUUUGGACAGUGGUUUCGCGACACCGUUAUCACCGAAAGAGAACAGUAUCACCAGUAUUGUUGAAAAAAAUUCCAUUGCAAUUGAACAAAUUGCGGCCGAUAGUCAUCCGUUUGGAAAUUGUGAAGACGUCAACUUCAAAUACAGUUCAACACAAUUGAAAUCGCUUAGACCAUUGCAUCUGCGAACGACCAUUGCAACACCAGCCACCGGCAACGAAAAACACAUCGAUGGCCGAAGUUAAUAAACGACAAAUUAAGAUAUACUAUUUUAAAUUAAUAAUAAUAAUAAUAUUUAUAAAUAAGGAAUUGAUUUUAGACAUGAUUGAGUAAAACUUUGUAGCUUUUUAUCUCAACAUCUGUUCGAAAUUUAUGAACAAUUUUUAUUGCGCUAGGUGGAAUAGUUUAUACACAAACCAAAAUGUUUUGUCUCUCUCUCUCUGUAAUGAAUGUGAUUUGAAUUUGAAAAUGAAAUGGAAAAUGUGAAUGUGAAUGUGCUUAUCCAAUUAUUAUUUUAUUAUUAUACCGACAGUUGAUAAUUUUAUCGCUUUUCUUUAAGCAUAGUAAAACGUUUGAUCAGUUUUAAUCUAGUUUUAAUGCU